AUGCCCGAGUGUUUAGACGAAGUCGGCCAUUCUUUUCUGCUCGAGGCGCUUCUGCGCAAGGGCGUGGAUCGCGCCAUCGCGGCGUGGCGUGUCCGGGAGGCGAGAAGCUCCGUGCUGCGUCUUCGACUUGGCGGAGUCGACGUGCCGCCCGUCUGUGUGGCCAGGGGAAUCCCGCGAGGAUCUCGGCACGGUCCGUCGCCAUGUGCCGCGGUGAUUCGUUGCUGUACUGAGACGGCGUGGAAAUCUUGCCGUCGUGAUCGAUUGGGUUAUCGACUGGGCGAUUCAUCUAUGCCCUUCGUGUUGUUUUGUGACAAUAUCUUCAUCUUCGCUCGCGAUGCCAACGAUUUUUUAGAGAUCCACUCUAGAUUGCAGUUUGCGCUCGUCAUGGGUGGGUGGAAGCUGCCAGGUGACCGCCUGGCCUACCAGAUGGACAAGUGCGUCGGGGGCGCGUGCGGGACGCAACUCAAGGAAUGCAAGGAGAAGCCUCGGGGUACUUUCUUCAAGGCACUCGGCCCCAUGAUCAAUGCAGCAUGCGCAUGCCAUGCCGACGCCACCGUCAAGAGGCGCGGCUUCAGUGCAGCCAUCGAGAGGCAGCGCUCGCUAUGGAGUUGCCCGAGAGUAUCGCGGCAGAAGAAAUUGAGCCUGAUGUGCAAAGUAGUAGCAUCAAGUUAUUCUUGGUGCGUGGGCGCAUGGAUUGCCAAUCAGCGCGAGCUGUCUUCCCUGGGAGCAGCUUUUACGAAGGCGGCGAAAUCCGCUUUGCGGGUUCCUCGGAGGCAGAGCGACGCCGACGAGGCGCGCCACCGGGCCUGCGUCCGCGUUCUCCGGGAGACGAUUAUCAAGGCUGGGCUGUCCGACGUCGACGUCUACGUGCUGAGCAGGGCGCGCGGCUACGCGGGCCACCUCGCCCGGGCCAUUCGCCGGGAUCCAGGGCAUCUGGUCGGCGCUGUUGUCCGGCGCAGGGAUUCCGAGUGGAGCCGCAACGUGACGGGCGCCAUCGACGCGAAGGUGACGCCAGCGGUUCUCGCAGUGACCGUGGCACACGACGGCAACAGCGGCGGACUUCGCCCGCGCCAGACGCCAGCUGGGAGCCUGACCGGCGACCUCCACGAAACCAACGAGCUCCACGUCCACGGGAUGAGCGACGGGCUACACCAGCCAGCAGACUUGCUGGAUCUUUUGGAGGCCCUGCGACGCAACAGCGAGACCGCCAACGACACCGCCAACGUAGCUGCACAACCGCGUGCUGGAUCCGCUGCCCUCGAUCCCAUCGCCAUCGAGGAUCGCCUCUCCGCUGUCUUUUCGGACCGCAUGCAGCGUGCAACACAGCGCGUGCUACAGGAAACUGCCGCCAUCAUGCAGUCGGCCACCUCCGUGUUGCAGAGCGAGCUCCAGCUCGCCAUCUCCCAGGUGCAGCAGCAUAAUCAGCGCAUCGACGGCGUCGGCGCCUGCUUGCGCGACCUGGGCAGCCGCGCGCACAUCGUCGAGCAGGAGCAGCAGCAGCUCAAGGCGGACAUCGAGCGCAUUCAGUCGCCCCCCGCCAUGGCCGAGGCCACCCUGCCGACGCUGGACAUGGCGGCGCUCGCCGCGCGGGACAGGCCGCCUGGCCCGCGCCUCUGCAACCUGCCGAGGCGCGCGCUGCAGAAGAUAGAGCGGCGCAUGACGGAAGGCGCCCUGCCCCUUCCACAGGAAACCCGCGGAGUCUGUCAACAGCUGGAGCUCCCGAUCGCCAGCUCGCCGUGCCAGCGCAAGCCCUUCCACUCCAUGGCCUCGCUGUCGCUCGCUGCGCUGGAGAUUGCGCGCGCCAGCUGCGGUGCCAGCUACGAGAUCCUGCGCGUCCACAACGAUGGCAUACCACCUGCUAACGUGCUAGCGAGCGCAGUGACAUGGCACAGUGGAAAGCCUUUCGGCGCUGCCCGAUCAGGCGCAGGCGCAGGUCCUAGCCUCGCGGUGGGCGGCGCGUCUGGGGCGACGGCCGCGGGCCCAGCGGCGAACGCGCAGGAGGACGACCACAUGCCCGCGGGCGACUUGGAGCCCCGCCGCACGGUGACGGCUGAGAGGGGCAAGCUCCUUGGGCUCCCGUGGUGGGACACUUUGGUGACGCUCUCCAGCCGCGAACUGGAGCCGCUCGGCGCGGGCGAGAUGUCGGCCCUGUACGGGAAAGGUUUCGAGCUGCUGCGUCGAAUGGGCUACAGCAGCGGCCCCCUGGGAACAGCCACAGCUGGUUCUGCGAGCUCACGCCUUGCCGCCUCCGUCGGCGCGGGCAGUGUCAGCAGCGAUGCAGUUGGCGUGCCCGGCGCACCUGGAAGCGUCGCUGGGGCGGCGGGCGGCGCGGCGGGUGGUGAGGCGUCGCGCCGCGGCCUUGUCGCGCCGCUGCGCGCAGAGCAGCGCCUUGGUCGGGCUGGGCUCGGGGCCGAGGGCCGCGGCACCGAGGCUGAUCCGGAGCUGCGGCCGCCGACUGCCGCGGGCGCCGACAGGCCCAUCGAGAGCCUGGUGCAGGAGGCGAUCGCGGCAAUGUGCGAGGCCGGGGACGACGAGGAGGCUGCCGAGCUCCGCCGCCUCGCCUCCUGCUGCGUCGGCCUCGGCUUCGCAGCCGCCGCGCCCGUGCCACCUUACCCCCGCGCGGCCCGGCGACGGCGCCCCGCAGGCCCGCUGGUCGGCGGCAUCUCCGAGGAUUCGCUCGAAGAGCGCGCCGCGACCGCGGCGACGCUGAAGGCAAUCUGUGCCGUGGGCUUCCCGCUGGAGGCCGACUCGGACUAUGCAGCGCUCGUUUCUUACAGCCCCGAGCGCAGUUGUCGCGUGGUGGGCCGGGCGCGCAACGGCGACGAGCCACCCAUUGCCAUGAUUCAUGUAGACGACCAGCCAAAGUUCCAUGGGCGAGGUAGGCGCCCGGGGCUGCGGCGAUGCGUGGAGCUAGAGGCGCUAGAGCCUAUAUCCAUGUCCUAUCCAUAUACAUCGACAUUGCUUCGCAAGGGCCAUGGAGAGGGCGGCAUCUGUUUCGACUUCGGUAGGAGUUGGAGCGGCAACUGCGGUACCUCUGCCGCCAUCUGCUGCCUCUCGCUCAGCGUCGGGGACCCCCCCAGCCGCUUACCAGAGCGGGUGUGCGCUCGCGCGGUUUUCCUGGAGCGCAACGACCUCUCGUUCCACGUCGUGCGGUGCCCGGGGGGCGGCGUCUCGGAGUUGUGGCGUCUGCCACGGCUGGCGACGGCGGAGGUCGACGGCAGGAGCAGGAAGGCGGGCAGGGAGCGGGCCGCGGAGUACGUGGGCUGGUGCCCUGGCCUCGGCCCGGCCAGAGUCAGCGUGUCUCGCGUCUUCGAGUAG